UUCUCAGUGACCCAGAAUUCUUUUUUUUCUCAUGGAUUUUCAUUCUACAAGGAUGUUGGGAAAAACUCUAAUUCUUUUUUUCUUUCUGUUCCACUUCGGAAAUUCUAAUCUAUGCAGACCAGAUGCACCAGAUGCCUUUAAAGUUCGACUUAGUAUCAAGAAAGCUCUGGGGGACAAUGCAUACAGCUGGAAUACGGAUGAAGAAUUUUUCUUUAAGGCUGUGAUGGCCUUUGUAAUGCGAACUCAUGUGAACAAUACAAUUCAGAUCUCCAAUAUUCUUCUUUGCAAUGUAACUCAGAGAGUCUCAUUCUGGUUUGUGGUGACGACCCCUUCAAACAGUUCAGAACCUAUUGACAGCACAAAAGUGAAAAAUGCUAUAAGGCUUGAAAGGAACAGGAUUAACAGUGCAUUUCUUUUAAAUGACAAUACUUUGGAGUUUGUUGAUAUACCGCCUACAAUUGCUCCAGUAACCAGUCAUUCCAAUCAGUCUUGGCUUGUCGUGUUUGGGGUUGUGGCUGGUCUUCUAGGACUGGCAAGCAUUCUCCUUACAGUCUCAGGAAUAAAGCGAUAUAGAAAGAAAAAAGUAUCUGAAGCUGAAGAACCUGAUGAAGCUGAAGACAAGAUGAAACCUGCAGAAACAAAUGAAAAUGGAACUCGUUGCGAAAACGUACAUAUUUCUGGAGGAGUGGACAAUGCAGGCUUUGAGGAUAUUACUCCCCUUUAAAUUGGAAUAUAUACAUACACGUUAUACCGAUGGACACGUACAAACGAAAUAUCUGUGGUUGUACAGAAUAUUGACUAUUUAGGUUCUCUUGCAAUAAUUCAUGGGUGAAAUAACAGCUGCAAUUGUAAAAGCAAGAUGACUCUGAGGGUAACAAGUGGAGGGUGAUGGGCUACUGUCAGGUAAUGGGGAUAAUAACCUUAUGUCACGUUGUAUUCCAAACAAUACAAAAGUGACAAAAUUACCACUUUGUACCUUUUUCAAUAUGUGUGCUUUGUACAAGGUAAAGCUGUUAAGAGUAUAUAAGAUUAAAUACAUAAUAGAGGCUCAUUUAUAUGGUAACUAGUAGCCUUAUAAUGGUUCUAAAGGUCCAAGGUUUUUAUGCAUUAAGUUAAAAAAACAUCUGUCUUCAGCCUCCCCCCCCCCACAGCCCCCCUUAUGUUUAUCUGAGACCGAUCUCAAUCCAACAAUGUGCACAAGUGCGCUUUCUCUCUCCUUACCGAGAGCCUUUGGCUCCUGUUGCUGUCAAUCACAGCCAGUGAGAGUGGGAGGCUGUGUGUGUCAAUAGACCCACACAGCACAACUCAGGAGCGAGCCAGCCUGAGUACCCCCAUAACAAGCAGCUUGCUAUGAGGGCACUUGGUGGGGGGAGUAACCACAAGUCUGGGGCCCCCAGAAGAGGAGGAUCGGUCCUUCUCUGUGUAAAACCAUUGCACAAAGGUAAGUAUAACAUGUUUGUUAUUUUUUUUUCUUUAGAAUCACUUUAAAUCUGUUUAUUGUCACUCUGACGUUAGGUAAGUCAUUAAAGUGGAUCUUUUACAUUUCUAUUUAAGUGUAUCACAGCUCAAAAAAGUGACGAAUUGUUAUCCUAUGUGAAACAUUGAUAAAUAUUCGUUGUGAAUAAGCAGUACCUUGAAAAAUCUACAUUUUGGCCUAAAUUCCUCCUAAAUAAAUAGCAAUGCACUUCAUUGCAUGUGACUGUGUCUGUGUCUUGGCAUUCCUGUGCAUUAAAGUGCACCCGUAUCCAGACUAUGGACAUUACAUUAUUUGCUUAUUAAUAACAACCAAUAAAAGAGCUUUAAAACAA